AAUCCCCUGGUGCUAGCCCUAGUCUUGGUUCGGACCGGCCCCAAGGAGCAGGGGCGAAGGUGGGCGCCUCGUGCCCUGAUUGGCCGACGGGGCGCGCGCGGCCGGGAGGGGCGGGGCGGACGCAGAGCCGCGUUUAGUCUAUUGCUGCGGUUGCGGGCGCUGUAGGGACCCUGUGCUGUGCCGCGCAGUUAGGCAGCAGCAGCCGCGGAGCAGUAGCCGCCGUGGGAGGGAGCCAUGAAGCAUUACGAGGUGGAGAUUCUGGAUGCAAAGACAAGGGAGAAGCUGUGUUUCUUGGACAAGGUGGAGCCCCAUGCCACCAUUGCGGAGAUCAAGAACCUCUUCACUAAGACCCAUCCGCAGUGGUACCCCGCCCGCCAGUCCCUCCGCCUGGACCCCAAGGGCAAGUCCCUGAAGGAUGAGGAUGUUCUGCAGAAGCUGCCCGUGGGCACCACGGCCACACUGUACUUCCGGGACCUGGGGGCCCAGAUCAGCUGGGUGACGGUCUUCCUAACAGAGUACGCGGGGCCCCUUUUCAUCUACCUGCUCUUCUACUUCCGAGUGCCCUUCAUCUAUGGCCACAAAUAUGACUUUACGUCCAGUCGGCAUACAGUGGUGCACCUCGCCUGCAUCUGUCACUCAUUCCACUACAUCAAGCGCCUGCUGGAGACGCUCUUCGUGCACCGCUUCUCCCAUGGCACUAUGCCUUUGCGCAACAUCUUCAAGAACUGCACCUACUACUGGGGCUUCGCCGCGUGGAUGGCCUAUUACAUCAAUCACCCUCUCUACACUCCCCCUACCUACGGAGCUCAGCAGGUGAAACUGGCGCUCGCCAUCUUUGUGAUCUGUCAGCUCGGCAACUUCUCCAUCCACAUGGCCCUGCGGGACCUGCGGCCCGCUGGGUCCAAGACGCGGAAGAUCCCAUACCCCACCAAGAACCCCUUCACGUGGCUCUUCCUGCUGGUGUCCUGCCCCAACUACACCUACGAGGUGGGGUCCUGGAUCGGUUUCGCCAUCAUGACGCAGUGUCUCCCAGUGGCCCUGUUCUCCCUGGUGGGCUUCACCCAGAUGACUAUCUGGGCCAAGGGCAAGCACCGCAGCUACCUGAAGGAGUUCCGGGACUACCCGCCCCUGCGCAUGCCCAUCAUCCCCUUCCUGCUCUGAGCGCUCACCCCUGCUGAGGCUCAGCCCCUCACCCCGGUGGCAUUCUGGGGGAGGAGUGGGGCCCACAGCUCUCCAGCACCCGGAAUAAAGCCCGCCUGCCCCAGUCGGA